AUUAAAUCGGGCAAGUGUAUUUCGUUAGAGACACCGGUGUGAACGACGUCAUUGUUAGCCAUCAAACUAUUUUGGAAGUAUAAAUACUGAGUGUCGAUAGGCAUAAUCGAUUUCAGAAAAUAAACUUGUGAAUUUUCAUUUGCAUUAAGUCAAGAAGCUACAUACAGAUCAAGAAACGUGUGUGCCGCUGUCAUCAUUGUACUUAUACUUUCCCUCAUGCACAUACCAAACUGCGAGUGACGGACAUUUGCUAUCGCGGCCGCAUAGACAGCUGGUAGUCCAUAAUUCCAUAAACGCAACAAUUAAACUAUUUGUCAAAAUUAAUGUUUGCAUAUUUUCAUCAUAGAGGGCAAUAAAAAGCUUAACACUGGACCGGAAGCGUGUCUUUAAAGGGUAAUGGCGGCCUCCACUCAGGGAGAAAUUCGAGUGGGUCCCGGCCACCAGGUAAACGAUGUCUAUGCAAAAUUGCCCGAUUAUAAUCCAAUUUCAAGCUUCCCUGUUGACAAAGAGAGCGACGAACGCGAAUUAGAAGAAUCAAGAUGGAGUCCAGGCAUUGUGGCCGAUGGGGAUUUGUUAAUGUUUUUGCGUGCGGCGCGUUCUAUGGCUGCAUUUCAAGGAAUGUGUGAUGGAGGACUAGAAGACGGUUGUUUAGCUGCUAGUCGUGACGAUACAACAAUUAACGCUUUGGAUAUUUUACACGAUUCUGGUUACGAUCCAGGUAAAGCCCUUCAAGCACUCGUUAAGUGUCCCGUUUCCAAGGGUAUCGAUAAAAAGUGGGCAGAGGACGAAACAAAGAAAUUCAUUAAGGGCUUACGGCAAUUUGGAAAGAAUUUCUUUCGAAUACACAAAGAUUUACUACCGCACAAAGAGACACCGGAAUUGGUGGAAUUUUACUAUUUGUGGAAGAAGACACCGGGUGCCAAUAAUAAUCGACCUCAUCGUCGACGCCGGCAAAGUGCCUUGCGUCGCAAUCGUGUCACACGCGCUAGUAAUACACCUCCGAAGAAGGAGGAUACACCGGAACCACAAACGGCGACGACGGCGUCAGCGGCGGCAGAUUCGACUCGCUCGUCGCCCGUUGUCUCCAAGGAGGAGAACAGUUCUCUAACCGAGGACGACAUCAGCGAGUGCGACAGCGAUUCCAGUCUGACAAACAAAAGGGAUGAAUCACCAUCUAGAAUGAGGACACGCAAUAAACAGCAACAACAGAAUAAUAAUACGAAGGAACAAACAACACAACAGGUGGCGAAUGGUAAACGACCCAAACGUGGUACUGAAACUCCAGAUACAGUGUCGGCUGCAGAUAGUCCAAAGACACCAACUAAAGGAGCAAACGCAACCGAAAACAAUACGACAACGACGGUGGCGGCUAAUAAGCGUAAGGCGGGCGGUAAGCAGGAUACGCCGAACAAGAAGAAGCGUGCCGAUGUGGACGGUAGCGCAGGUUCUGGCAGUGGUGGCGGUAGUGGCGAUAUCACCGAUGAUGGCAGCCUUAGUAAGGACAGUGCUAAGCGUAAGCGUCCCGAUAGUCCCGCGGAAGAGAGUAUGAACUCUGACAGUCGGCCUGAUUCGGUGUUGGAUGACGCUGAGUCGAAUACGACAGAUACAGUAGAGCAGUCGUUGAAGGAGGGCAAAGAUAGCUCAGGUGGAAAAGAGGAUAGUGCUGCGACAGAUGGCGAUUCGAAGGCGGAAAUAAUUGAGAAAUCCGAAAAGCCUGGUGAAGACACCAAAGAGACUAUCAAAAAUGAUGAUGAAGAAACGAAUAUUCAGGCACCUGUUAGCGGACAAGUAGCUAUAGCAACACCAGUAGGCGAUUCAGUUGGCGUUGACACAAAAGAUCCUGCAACUAAUACAAAUGAUGGAGGCCUGAAUGUGGUCAGUGCUCCGCCAACACCAAUGAAGGUGCCUACCAUAGCAACUGUUGAGGCGCUAAACGCUUCCAUUGGACGCGGGGACUUGUCAACUGAACGUAAGGAUCCAUUAGAGAAAAUGGAUGUAUCUGAAGGUAGUGUUACCGCUGAUUUGACCAAGGAGCAGGAGAUGAUGAAGAAGAUCGCUAAUAUGAAGCAAGAGUCAUUGCAGCAGCAAUUACCACCGAACAGCUCCAACGCAAAUAUGCAAGAAAGCGCCGUUUUCAUCAAGAAGGAGCCUUUGGAUGAUUCCUUGGAUGCCACCUGCAAUCAGAACAGCAACGAGCCGCAAGAUCUAAAAGUUAAAGUAGAGAUCAAAAAUGAGGAAUGCAAAAGUGCCGCAGGUAUGCCGCCGACUUCAAUGGCUGCAUCUGUUAAUGAAACAACUGCUGGCUCAGAUGUCCCACCUCAACCGCCACAUAUGCAUAUGCAUCUCCCACCAGGGGGCCCACAACCACCACCAGGUUACAUUUUGGACGGGCAAAUCAAGUAUGGGCCACCGCUGCAACAGUCGAUGCCCAGUAACGACAACAACGCUCCGCCAUCAACGGGCAUGCCAUUAGGUGGACCGCCACCAACGCACAAAUACCCUAGUGAUAUGGAUAUGAAGUACAAUGAGUCUGCUGCGGCAGCUGGCAUCAAAUAUGAGGGUGGCAAGUUUGCAAUGCAAGACAUUAAGUACCCUCCACCGCCACUGGAGCACGCCAUGAAGUACGGAACAGUACAAGAAAUGCAAGCAGCCGCAGCAGCAGCAGCGGCGGCGGCUGCCGCAGGUAAAUAUGAUAUGAAAUUUGCCAUGGAACAGCAGGGCAAGUAUCCGGGUGAUCUCUCAGCACAUCAGCAACCACCAAAAGGUUUCCCUGGUGAUCCGAUGAAGAUGCCUGACAUGAAAGUAUCAGGAAUUUAUCCCAUGACAAAUGCUGAGGGAAAAUACACGGGUCCGCCUAACCAACCGAGCGAUGUAGGGCUUAAGUAUGGUGGCGGUGCACCUCAAGAUCCGCAACCACCAACUUCACACGGUGCACCACCUGGUGCAACGCCACCACCCGGUAUUGCAAUGCCAAAGCCUCAUUAUCAACACGAAGUGCAACACCCACUGGCUCGUUCUGCUUUCGAGUCAAGUUUAAUGCUGAAAUAUGGCGAUCCAAUGGCUGUCAAGUAUGGCCCCCCACAAGAAUUAAAAUAUCCUCCACCACCACAAGGACCUAAUGAUGGAGGACCAAUGAAACCCUCUCCCUAUGCUGAGAAUCUCGUCAAAGGCUCGCCAUAUGGGACACAAGAACCUGGCGGAAUGAAAUAUCCGCCACCGGAGAGCCCAAUUGAUGCGUCAUCUCGUUCGACACCUGGACAAGAUAGUCAGGGCAGUAAUAGUAGCUCACAACCUUCAUCACAACAACAACAAUUCCAAUCGCCGCAUCCAUCGCCACAUUUACCUUCACCAGCGGGAGGUGGUCUACCACCUGGUAUGCACCCACAAAAUCUGGUAUCGCCACACGGUCCGCCAUCUCAUGGACAACUAAAUUCUGGUCUGCCACCAGGCUCAUCUGGACCACCUCAACCCAGUUCUUUACACCAUCCACACCUUACACCGCCUCCAAACAACUCACAGCAAUUGCAAGGGCAUUCACAAUCGUCAAUUGCCUCAUCAAUGCCUCCUACUUCAGUUGGGGCACCGCCCCCAUUGUCAACAGUGGCUCCAUCAGGCUUGCAUCCCCAACACAUCCCGCCCAGCCAUUUGCAACAGUUACAUCGCCAGCAUCCCGAUAUGCCAAGUGGCAUACAUCCGCAUGCGCCAAUCCCGCUUGCACUGCAAGGCCAUGAUCCGCGUGGUGGGCCACCGCUUCCUACUCAUCAAAUACCUCCACAACAACAACAAUCCAGUACAGUGCGCACACCAUCGCCGGCGCAGCAACCACAGCCUCGUAAUUUGCAUGAGGAGCGCAUUGGGCCCAAUAGUGGUCCACCAUCUGGACAGUCACGUGAACCCCCUACGUCGCAAGCAUCGAUGUUGCCACAGCAGUCGCCACAUGCGCACCGUAGCUCUCCUCUGUCCGGUAUGCCAGGAAACCCACCACCGGGUCUUAUUGGUCAUCCAAUGCCCAUACAUCCGCAUCUGGCACAUUUGCCACCUGGUCAUCCAGCGCAUGCUGCUGUCGCUGGAGUUGGUCAUCCCGGACACCCAAUUCUGUCGCACACAAUGGCUGGUUUGGGUCCAGGAGGUGGACCAAUCGCACUUCUGGCAGGACCACCAUCGCUGACGGGUAUGCCGGAAUCGGCGCUCAGCAGACGUACGCCCCCAUCACAUAUUGCACAACCGCAUUCCUCGUCUGCACCACCACAUUCAUCCGUUGCUGUUAGUUUGGCUUCUACCACGACGUCAGCUAGCACUGCGCCAAGCACGAAUACUGUGCCAUCAUCUGCCUUUAGUCGCGCCAGCCCAAGUGUGCAAGGUCCAAACUCCAACAUAGGUGGGCCGCAAAGUGUUGGUGGCCCUGGAAGCGGCGGCACACCAGGCUCUUCAUCAGCACAUCGUUCAGCGUCGCCUGCUUCAAGCGUUGGUAGUUUGAGCCGCCAAAGUCCGCUACAUCCGGUGCCGCAAAGCCCACUCAGCCAUCAUCCAUCAUCAUCGGCACUAACGGCGGCAGCAGUUGCUGUAGCAGAGCGGGAUCGUCAUGCACUUUUACGUCAACAGUCCCCACACAUGACUCCUCCACCCGUAUCCAGCGCUUCCACACUGAUGGCUAGUCCGUUAAGCAAGAUGUACUGUCCACAGCCGAAUCAACGUGUGCUGGGAACCUCGCCGCCACCUCAUUUACGGCCUGGUGCUUCACCACCUGUCAUCCGACAUCCACAGAUGCCACUGCCAUUGCCAUUGAUUCCACCUGGCGCUGGUAUACCACAAAUAGGCGUGCAUCCCGGCCAGUCGCCAUAUCCGCAUCCGCUCUUACAUCCUUCCAUGUUCUACUCCCCGCACCAUCACAACCCAUUCAAUUAUGGCUAUGGUCCUUAUGGACCUGGUUUCCCGGCAGCUUACAUGAAGCCACCGCAACCAGGAGGGCCGCUCGAUCCAGCCUCGGUGUUGGGCGCGCAUCAUCCAGGUCUGCCAGGUCCUCCACCCACGCGCCCUGACGAUCCAGCGAUGGCAGCUGCAGCAGCGGCGGCCGCUGAGAAACAAGCCGUGGUUGCACAUCAAUUAAAACAACAGCAACAACAGCAUCAGCAGCAUCAACAACAACAAGCGGCAGCACAAGCACAAGCGCAGGCUCAAGCACAAGCACAAGCGCAGGCGCAGGCACAAGCACAGGCGCAGGCGCAAGCACAGGCACAAGCACAAAACAAACCACCAACACCAAAGACGCCCCAGGGAAACAAUAGCGGUGGAGGACCGCCGGGAAGUUCGCACUCGACUCCCACAGGCCUGCCACCAGCUGGUUAUCCAGGGUCACAUUUGGGUGGUUAUCCGCCACCACCGCAUUCUUCCCCAUUCCAGGAUGGUCAACAAAUGGGUCUUAAGCCAACAACGCACAUGGAUGCCCUGCGAGCACACGCACAUUCAGCCAAUUUGGGUGCUCCACAUCAUCCAACAGAGCCAUUACCAAUUGACAUUGAGCCCGAUCCGGAGCCGGAAAUACCCAGCCCAACGCAGAAUAUACCGCGUGGUCCUAGUCCCGAAGCCAAACCGGACGACACUGAAUGUCAUCGCUCGCAGUCGGCCAUAUUUGUGCGCCACAUUGACCGCGGUGAUUAUAAUUCCUGCACGCGAACGGAUUUGAUUUUCAAACCAGUGGCCGACUCCAAAUUGGCGAGAAAGCGAGAAGAGCGCGAUAGAAAGCUUGCCGAAAAGGAACGUGAGCGUCGUCAACAACAACAGCAACAGCAACAACAGCAGCAGCAACAAGCCGCGGCUGCGCAACAGGCCGCUCAACAGGCCAAACUAAAGGCCGAAUUGAAGCCGCCAUAUGCAGACACGCCAGCGCUGCGUCAAUUAUCGGAAUAUGCAAGGCCGCAUGUAGCGUUCAGCCCUGUUGAACAGAUGGUACCAUAUCAUCACCCAAUGGGGCCAAUAUAUAGUAGAGAGAGGGAACUGGAGGAAAUAAAGAACGCACAAGUUGCAGCCGCCAGUCAGUCGCGUCUGGACCCGCAUUGGAUGGAGUAUUACAGGCGCGGUAUGCACCCAUCACAAUUUCCAUUGUACGCUAAUCCCGCUGCUAUCUCACAAAUGGAGCGUGAACGUUUGGGUAUUCCGCCGCCGCAUCAUGUCGGCUUAGAUCCCGGCGAGCACAUGAUACGAUUGACGAGAGAAUAUCAUGCACACUCUCAUACUCAUUUACAUUUGCCUUUGCCUUCACAGCCGCAACCACCGGAGGCCGGAUUUCAACUGCCACCGAAUGUUGGCCAAUAUCCACGCCCAAGUAUGCUUAUGCCUAGAGAGCCGGACGUUCUGCUGCGCAUGUCCUACGCCGACCAGCUUCAGUAUUUACAGGCAGCUGAAUUCCAGCGACAGUCACUGCACGAACAGUACUUCAGACAAAGGCCCAGGUAAAUAGACCACUAUGGUAGAACGUUCUAUAGCAUGCGUUAACUUUUAUGAAAGAUGAAUGAAGAAACCGACGAAGAUGAAUGAAGAAGUAGUGUCUCGCCACAGUGUUUCGCUUGGAUAACUUAACGUUAAACGUUAGUGUUUGUAUAAAUAAUGCGUACCGCGUGCGGUCGAUCGUUCUACCAGCAACUACCAACUACUACAGUAACAACAACAGCAGCGUCUACCAUCAUCACCAUUGACACAAACAAGCCAGAUUACGCAUCAAUCCACUCUGCUCCGCUUCACUCCAUUCGACUUCACUUUACUCCACUCCACUCGUAUCAACUCCACACCAUAAGUAAAAGUUAAGCCUCAUUAACUCUUUGAAAUGUACCAGCAUUUGUUCCGUCUAUUUCUUCACUAAUUGUUUGUUCGAUUUUGGACAAUGUUGCGGUCAAUGUGUGAAGUACAUUUCAUUUGUGUGUAAUGCUUAAUUUUGUGCAAAUAAUUGUUGCAAUCGUUGACAAUUUCCCCGCGACUGUGAAAAAAAUCAGCUGCGUUAGCUCUCAUCUGGCAUGAGCACAAAUAUGACGCUGAAAGAGAAAUAAAUUAUUGUGCACGUAAUCAGAUGGACGACAGCAAAUUCAACAAACCAACCACAAAAAGAUUUGAAUAAAGAGCAAAAAGGCAGGUGAAUAAAAUGGAUAUGCCUCUAUUCAUACUUAGCAUAAGUGGAUAUGGGGGAAUCUUGGUGUAAAAUCACAAAUGUACAUACCUACAUACACACACAAGGGCGCUUUCGUGCUUAUGCGACAACAAACACAAAAAGAAAAUAUCACAAUCGGAGCCUAAUUCUGAGCAUUUUGCAAUACAUAGGGAGAUUACAAAACAAAAAAAAAAAACAAAAAAAAAAACAAA